AUGCUUGUUGUCUUUGGCCUUCUCAUCAUCCUUUCGGGGCUCAUUUGCUUUACUUUGGAGCAGCACUGGUACAAAGGCAUGUCCCCAAUGAUGAAGGUGCCGGUCUACACGAUCCUGGGGACCUCUGUGGCCUUUGCCCUCACCUUCUCAGUGGUGGAUUUGGUGAACUAUGUGCUGGGCUUCUUGCAGGUUUCUGUUGCCAAACCCUUUGUAGAGUCCGCUGCACAGGUCUAUAUGGUCUUAGCUUGUGCUUUGAUCAUGGGUGGGCUUUUCGGGCUCAUCUUUGGAGUGAUGGAUGUGGAGGAUGAGGUGAGCUAUCAGAUCCGAUUAGCCCUCCUCCGAGAGGAGAGAUAUUGCUACCCGGUCGGCGCUCUUCUGGGAGGUCUUGUGGGAUUCUUCAAUGAGUACAUCAGAGACCAAGAGGAGAAUUUCGCACCUUCAUUGAAUGGCUUCGACGAAGAUAUUUAA